AUGGCAGAUGAUCUUCUGCGAGGAUUUCUGAAUUCGUGGGUUUCUACAGUUACGAAACUUCAGCAUUCCGGGCAAAGGACACGACAACAGGACACUGGUGGAGGAGGCAGGCUCGAAGCCAGAAUAAUGAAAUCGAGUGAAAACCAACGAAAUCGGAAACCAACACCAUCAUUAUUAUUAUCUCCGAAAACAGCAACAUUCAACAUGCUGGGUUAUUCAUCACAAUCAUCGGGAAAAGAAAAGAAAUUAAAUGCCAGUUUGUCGAUUAAAGAUCAUGUUGCUGAUACAUCAUCUUUGAAAAAUCCAAUUAGCAUACGAUACAUGUGUAAAAGUACAAUUAAAAUCAGUCAACAAAACAAUCAAACAACGGCGCCUGUACCAUCGCCCCCAGUUUGGACAAGUAGCAAUCAACUUUCGACAUUAGACAAACAAAUAUCAGAUGAUCAUACACAAUCAGAGCCACCUAUAAUUCAAAAUAGCUUUUUAGUAAUGCAUCCCAGAACAUCAACAUCUCUGAAGGAAUCAAAAAGGAUUAGAAUUAUACAACCGUCAAAAUUUCUGAGUGUAACAGUACCACCAAUGAUUAAACUGAUUGGAUUAUCAAAACCGAAUAUUGUUCAUUCUAUCAGUCUUAAAAAGACAUUUCAGCAAACAAGUGUCUACCCAUCUACACCAAUAUCAAUAUCUCCAUCUCCAUUUAACAAUACGUCAUUCUAUUCACGCCAACGCUCAUCACCAGAAAGUACAAUUCCAUUUCAACAAAUUCACAUACUGGUAAGAAUUUUUUCUUUCAGGAGAAGGUCCCCCCUUUUAUUUUCUAGAUUUUCCUUAAGAUUUCCCAGUAAAAAAAGAAUUAAUUACUUAAAAAAAUGAUGUUAACUUUUUCAGCACAGGCUGCUAUUAAAAAAUUUCCUGGCCGUUCCUCUUUCAUCAUAAAAAUCUGGUUCUCAUCUAGAUCGAUAGAGAAAUGUGCGAAGAAUAUUUACUAUGGGAAAGAAAGAAAAGAAUUUUACUUUCUCCUUUCUGUUAAUAACUAAUUAGUGCUAAUUAACGUUAAUUUAGUCUUCUCUACUAGCUUACAGUCCCAUUUAAAAAAUAACGGCAUAACGAAAAAAUUCAAACAAUACCUCAUCUGAUAGAGAAUUUCUCAAGCUACAAUUUGAUAUAUAUAUAUAUACAAUACAGAAAAAAAAGUGUCCUAGGGUAACUUGACAAUAGAAAUGUUUCUGCAGAACCAAAAACUGAGUCGACCAAUGUGUAUUUCAAUCCUAUCCGACUACUUUGGUUUUUUGUCGAAUUUACAAU